AUGCGUGCAAAGCUCACUCAGACCAGAUACCUUGUGGCCGAUGGACAGACGGAAUUAAGUCUGGCAGACAUUGAGCAGAUUGCAGCCGCUACUGCUGGGAAGUCGGCUAUUCAGACACCCAAUCUCAGCCGUCGUCCUAGCAUUGGGACGCUGUGUCCGAGCCAGAGGGAGACCCCACAGCACAGUCCACAAUCAAUCCUGCAGACGAAUGGCAGUAUUUCCAACCCCAUGAAUAUUCCUUGGCCUACCGCCCAGCUUCCUUCGCCGAGCAGCAAGGACCAAGAGAAUGACAUGGGCAAUUCGUCGCCUAUUUCGUCAUGUUGGAGAUUCAAUUCUUCUUUUGAGCAGAAUCCAACGCUUACCAACAUUGACCCUGGUAUUAUCCAUAAAAAGAUGCCCCUUCUCGACCACUUCCUUCCAAUGGCAUCCGACUCGAUGCAAACUGAUAUUGACCUUCCGAGCCUAGAUCUGAGUAGUUUUCCGGAAUGCUCUCUACACCUUGGAGACUCUUCAUUUCCGGGAAGCUUUAACGACCUCCACCUUGGCAGUAGCACCCCAACAUUAAUUCCCUCGAUGACCAUGUCGAGCGACACGUUACCAUCACUUUCCCGCGGAUCAUCUGCGGAUGAAUCGAGUGGCACGUACCGAAGGGCCGUUGAAGAUCAUGACCAUUUUGAUGACGUAGAGGAGAGCUGGCCUGCAUUUCGGUGCAACCCACUGAGGAGUUCUGCAUCGUGUCCCCCUACCCCAGGAAUCUAUCUCGAUGGGCUGUUUAGUCUGCUACGGAACCAAGGGGCAUGGUCGUCCUGGAUUUCGAGGACACACCUAGUGACACCGAUACCUGCAGGUCGAGUUGGCGUUGAGUCUUUCGACGACGUGUCACGGGCGAAACUCAGUGCAGUCGCUCAAAGCUUCUUAUACCAUGCCUUCGAUGUUCACAGGGCUCGAAGCAUGAAUGGUUCACAUGCCGCUUUGAGCCACUCAUCAAGCUUCAUGAUCUUGCCACCAGCCAGGGUUCUCGGAUGCUUCCUCAGUGCAUAUGUGCGACAAUUCGAGACCUACAAUGUUUGCUGCUCUGGUAGCUUACUGAAGCCUAAUUGGCUUCUUUAUCAGUCCGAUACGAAUCUGUCGAGCUUACUGGUUCUGUUGAUGCUCGCAUAUGGAGCAGCAGCUGACUCAACAACAGAAGCUCGCUACUUUUCAAGCGGACUUAUUGAGGUGUGCCGGAUUUCGUGGCAGAAAGUCGUCGAGCGUGAUAUCAGCCUGACUAGAGAUCCGACAGCUCUGCUUUCAGGGUUGCUCCUGACGACUCUGCAAGCAUGGAGCGGAGACAAAACUUUCAUGGAGGUGGCAAUGGGCAAGCGUGAUAGUUACAUCAAUAUGCUGCGGCAAGCAGGUUUUUUUGAAGCACAGCCUAUCGAGGCCGAAGGCCUUCGCCAGCAUCAGACCAUUGAUGCGGCUUGGGAGCAGUGGAAGCUGGAUGAGAACAAGAGCAGACUGGUUUAUGCUUGGGUGGCCUUGGACCAAGAGAUGAGUCUGUUCUAUGACACUGCUCCGCUCGCUUCCAUCUCGGAAUUGAAGACUCCUCUACCCUCGACACCUGAACUGUGGAAAGCACGAUCAGCCACGGAGUGGUGGAAUCGCUACGAAAGACAGCAAGGUGCAGCCUCGCCCUCGGAACCAUCGUUGUGCAAGCUUUUUCGGACCUUCGUUGAGGGAGAGUGGUCUCACAAUGCCAAGCUGGGCCCUACCGAGCUUCGCCUUCUUCUCCAUCCUCUGCAGGGCAUCAUCAGCCAUCUCCGGCAGUUCUUAAGAUGCUUUAACGAUGACGACGUGCAUGUGAAGCCAUCCAGGAUGAAGACCAAAUCUGUUACACUUGCCAGGCAAGAAGAGGUCAAGGAACUUCUGCGAAACUGGUACCAGCUUGCCUGUAACUCCAUGGAAACCUCCCCACUCAUGUGCGCCAAUCUUAUCAAUUUCCACCUUAUUAGUCUAAAUGUACUACUCGAUUUUCCAGAGCUCGAACGGGCCGCCCGGGGAAAUCCGUACGAGAUUGAAGAGAUCCUAAUGCAUUGCGGGCAAGUUUUGAAGAACAUUCAAGCCAUCUCGAUGGACUUUAGGCCGCAUUGGUGGCCAGGCGCUCACUACCGCGUGGCGCUUAUAGCUUGGGCAGUCAGUAUGACCCAGAGACGGUUUCAAAAAGGCUCGCACGAUCAGCCCGGAACAGAGCAAGACCUGGUGGCGAUCGAUGCUCUUGCUCCCGAUCAUCCUUCCAUUUCGCGCUUUCUCAAGCGACAGAGUGGCGUGGCAGCUUUUUCGAAUGCGGAUGGGUCGCUGGUAUCACUUUCAUCUCCAAGAAAAGUGCUGGCAUAUUUUUCUACUUCACUUGAGGAUGAUUCAUCUAUGCGCUUCACGACCGGGACGCGAAACAAACUGAGACGACUCGCAGCGCGGACCACGAGGGGUUCAGAUGAUGUUUCCAACAACGACUACCAGCAGAAGAUACCUAAAACCUUUUGA